AACCAGUUUUGAACAUGUUAACACCAAAAUGAUGCCUCCAAAUGAUGAUUGAAAUUAUGUGCAAUUACAGAUAGAAUAGACAGAUAAAAUGGGCGCAUUUUAUUGUGCAAUAUGCAGACAGACCGAUUUCACUGGCAGAGGGCAUGUCUUUGGGAAAAGUCAUCAAGCUAAACUAAAAGUGGUCCUCGUGAAGUUCUUGGAAAAGGUGAAAGAAGCGAGGCGAACCAUCAAGAUCCCUCAGGUAGAGAAGUAUUCCAGUACUGAACACCAGUGCAACUUCUGGUGUUACUGCUGUGAUCUCGAGGUACCAAAGCAUGUUUCUAACGGAAACCUCACCGUGUUGUUCGGCGGUUUGCUGGAGCACAUGAGCACUCCCGAGCACCGAAAAAAUACACUCAAGUUUUGGUGGCAGAAUCAAGCUGACUCGAAGCUCAGGGAUAAAUGUAUAAUUCCGUCAGAGGACAUUGAUAGGUUUAAGGAAGAAGUUGCCAAGGCUCUUGAAAACUUCGAGGAGAAAGAGGAUGUUCACAUCAAAGAGCAAGCAGCCAUUAUACGAGCCCAGGAGCAGCAUCGCAGUGAGGUUCUUCAUGCGAUCAUUGAGUGUGACCCAGAACUGGAGCAAUCCACUGAGCAAGCCCAACAGGAUUCUGAGGCCUUGGGCGGAAGCUCCUUUUCAAGGUCUCAAGGGCAGAACAGCCAACCAGGGCCCAGCCGGGUUGAUCCAGUGGUGGAGAGUCGGUGGACCGGUACAGAGAGUGGCUUGACUUUCAUCGGCUAUCAGGACUCCUCGGGCAGUGGAAAUGUCCACACAGGAGCCAUUCCCCCGUGGAUGCAAGAAGAUCCUCAAGAGGGUCACUCAGAGACGACAGUUCAGGCCAUCGGGCCAUCGCUGCAAGACUUCCUGAAGCAAAAGGAGCAAGAGAAGCUAAAGAAACUUCCACCAAAUCGGGUUGGAGCCAAUUUCGACCACAGUUCACACACGGAUGCCAACUGGCUACCAUCUUUUGGUCGCGUGUGGAACAAUGGUAGACGAUGGCAGUCCAGGCAUCAGUUUCGGGAGGAGGAGGGGACGGCAGGUCAGCGAAAGAGAAAGGGCGGCCAUUGGGGGAAAGUUGGAAAGAGGGCAAAGAAGUCCAACAACACUGACACCAACUCCCAGUAAUGUGUAGAUGCAUAGUCCCCCCGUGGCUUAAAAAAUCCAUUUGUUUAUAUUGUAUAGUGUCAUAGUGAUCAAGCAUAUGAGGACAAGAUUCUUAAUUUGUCUUACUUCAACUGUACUUUAUCACAUGUUUACAUUUACUAGACUGUUGGUUUGGUUAGAAGAUAGUCCUUACUUUUGAAAUUGUUAAUGUAUGAAGAAAUGGGGUUUUUUACACAUCAUUCCUGCAAUGUGUUUUUUUUUUUUUCAGUCAGUGAUGU